AUGAAAAAUAAUACUCCUACCGAGGAUUCAACAAAAUGGAUGUUAGAGAGUGUAGAGAUCGAUCCAAUGGGUGAAGGUUCGUCUAAAGGACCCGACAUUAACCUCAACAAGAACGAAGGUUUUCUUAAGAAGAACGCGUCAAGAAAUUUUGGUGCAUCGAUAAUCCGAUCGUUGAGCGUUUCAAACUGGAGAAAGAGCGGUAAUCUCGGGUCUCCGAGCACAAGGAAAAGCGGGAACCUAGGGCCUCCGACCAAUGCGUUGCCCAAGAAGACAGGUCCACAAAGAGUGGAGAGGACAACAUCUAGCGCCGCUAGGGGACUUCAGAGCUUGCGGUUCCUUGAUCGGACGGUCACCGGACGGGAACGUGACGCAUGGAAAUCGAUUGAGAACCGGUUUAAUCAGUUCUCUGUUGACGGCAAGUUGCCCAAAGAGAAGUUCGGCGUCUGCAUUGGAAUGGGAGACACGAUGGAGUUUGCGGCAGAAGUUUAUGAGGCAUUGGGACGGAGAAGACAAAUAGAGACUGAAAACGGUAUUGACAAAGAACAACUGAAGCUGUUUUGGGAAGACAUGAUCAAGAAAGACCUUGAUUGUCGUCUUCAGAUUUUCUUCGACAUGUGUGACAAGAAUGGAGAUGGUAAGCUCACGGAAGAGGAAGUGAAAGAAGUCAUAGUCUUGAGCGCCUCCGCGAACCGCCUUGGGAAUUUGAAAAAGAACGCUGCGGCUUAUGCGUCUUUGAUCAUGGAAGAACUCGACCCUGAUCACAAGGGAUACAUAGAGAUGUGGCAGUUAGAAAUACUAUUAACAGGAAUGGUGACAAAUGCUGAUGCUGAUAAGAUGAAGAAAUCGCAAACUCUGACACGCGCGAUGAUCCCAGAGCGGUUAAGCUCGUGCUCCUACGACGUGUUCUUGACGUACGCGGGAUCUGCCUUGGGAAAUACGCAACCGAGUUAUCUAGGUUUAAUGACGACUUCAGUGUCGAUCACGGGAGUUUUAAUGAUUUUCUUCAUGGGAUUCUCAUUUACGCUAGCGAUGCAUUACUUUAGAAGGAACAUAGUGAAAUUGCCUAAACCGUUUAGCGUUCUUGCUGGUUUUAAUGCGUUUUGGUAUGCUCAUCAUUUGUUGGUUCUUGCUUAUGUUUUUCUCAUCAUCCAUGGUUACAUCCUUAUCAUCGAGAAGCCUUGGUACCAAAAGACGACAUGGAUGUAUGUGGCCGUACCGAUGCUGUUCUACGCGAGUGAGAGGCUUUUCUCACGUCUCCUACAAGAACACAGCCACCGUGUCAACGUUAUUAAGGCUAUUGUAUAUUCGGGCAACGUUCUUGCACUUUACGUGACCAAACCUCCCGGGUUCAAAUACAAAAGUGGCAUGUACAUGUUUGUCAAGUGUCCUGACCUGUCAAAGUUUGAAUGGCAUCCAUUCUCCAUCACUUCCGCACCAGGGGAUGAUUAUCUAAGUGUUCACAUAAGAGCCUUAGGAGAUUGGACUACUGAACUUAGGAGCAGAUUUGCAAAGACAUGCGAACCACCCACUCAACCAGCAGCUAAACCUAAACCAAACAGUCUUAUGAGGAUGGAAACAAGAGCAGCGGGUGUGAAUCCUCACAUUGAAGAAUCACAAGUCUUAUUCCCUAAAAUUUUCAUCAAAGGACCGUAUGGAGCUCCCGCGCAAAACUAUCAAAAGUUCGACAUCCUCUUACUAGUUGGACUAGGGAUUGGGGCAACUCCAUUCAUUAGCAUUUUGAAAGACAUGUUAAACCAUCUAAAACCUGGGAUUCCCAAAAGUGGGCAAAAGUACGAAGAAAGUGUAGGAGGAGCAAGUGUAGGAGGUGAUAGUGUUAGUGGUGGAGGAGGCAAAAAGUUUCCACAAAGAGCAUAUUUUUUUUGGGUGACAAGAGAACAAGCUUCCUUUGAUUGGUUCAAGGGAGUUAUGGAUGACAUUGCCGAAUAUGAUAAAACCCAUGUGAUAGAAAUGCAUAACUACUUAACAAGCAUGUACGAAGCGGGAGAUGCAAGAUCUGCCUUGAUUGCAAUGGUUCAGAAACUUCAACAUGCCAAGAACGGUGUUGAUAUCGUCUCUGAAAGCCGAAUACGAACACAUUUCGCAAGACCUAAUUGGAGGAAAGUUUUUUCUGAAUUGUCAAGCAAACACGAAGCUUGUCGAAUAGGUGUAUUUUACUGCGGAAGCCCAACACUGGUCCGACCACUUCGAGAACUUUGUCAGGAGUUUAGUCUCGAGUCAUCCACUCGUUUUACUUUCCACAAGGAAAACUUCUAACAAAAUAAUCUUGAAAAAACAGAUUUUGCUUAUCCUCAAUCAAAUUGGGAGUAAAUUAAAGACCAUAUAUGCAGGAUGUAAUUAGUUGGUGAGAAAUGUAAAGUAAUUAACGAAGUGAAAAAAUGUAUAGUAACAUUUUAAUUAAGAAAAUCUUAAGUAUUGUUUAUUUUGAUCCAUUUGCUUUG